UCGUUACGUCCCCUUUAAGUGGUGUUGGGUGUAGGCUGUGAAACUCAAAGCGACGCUAAAAGAGUCAAAGUAGAUAAACAAAAAGCUUCUUUCAACUAUAUCAACCAUAAACGGCACAUUAGGACGGCCACGGUACGAACGGGUUGCUGAGGCUGGCUGGAGGGCUGGAUGUGGCCGUCAUGGUGAACGAUGUUCCGGAAAGUCAAAAAGCGCCACAGCAGCAGCAGCUCGCAAAGCAGUGAGAUCAGCACCAAAAGCAAAUCUGUGGACUCCAGUUUGGGAGGACUCUCCAGAUCCAGCACCGUUGCCAGCCUCGACACAGACUCCACCAAGAGCUCAGGUAACAGCACGUCUGAAACAUGUGCUGAGUUUCGGGUGAAGUAUGUGGGCGCCAUCGAGAAGUUACAGUUUGACAUGAGCAAGACCCUCCAGGAGACUCUGGACCUCAUCAACUAUAUCGAUGCUGCUCAGCAAGAUGGAAAGCUGCCCUUCGUGCCUGGAGACGAAGAGAUGAUUCUGGGAGUGUCAAAGUACGGCAUCAAAGUGGCUUCACUGGACCAGUGUGAUGUGCUGCAUCGCCACCCUCUGUACCUGAUAGUGCGUAUGCUGUGUUACGAUGAUGGCCUGGGUGCAGGGAAGAACCUCCUGGCUCUGAAAACCACCGAUUCAAAGCAAGAGGAGUGCAGCAUCUGGGUGUACCAGUGCAACAGCUCGGAGCAAGCUCAGUCCAUCUGCAAGGUACUGUCGGCUUCUUUUGACUGCGCUUUGACAUCAGACAAGUCCUGAGGCCGGAGACUGUCUAAAAGAGUAAUGAAACAACUGCAAAACCAGCAACAGUAAAUCAGGAGACCAACACCGUGACUGCAUUUUACCAAAAACAAUGCUGUCAUUUCCCUUUUUUUUCUUAAACUUUGCUAUUUUUUUGGAGAUUAACUGCAGGAAAACAUGAUUAGGUCGUUGUAACGGUGCGUCACACACGCCCAGUGUUGUAUUAUAUGUAUUAUCACCCUCCCAUCAUCCUCCAGAUGAGACAGAAUUACUGUGAAUUAGUCUGAAUAUUUUCCUUGGAAUCUGAUUCCUUUACCUCACGUCAUCCUGUGUGAUAAAGUCACGAGCAAACAAAGUAGAAAAAGGGAAAUGGUUACAUUUUUUUUUUAAAGCAUGCGUCAUGUAAAUGAAUCAUAUUUAAUGUAAAUUAUGGCACAAAAUGGUACAUAAUGUUGUAACCCGUCUCUAUCCAGUUUACGAUAAUUCAACACGAUACACAGAUUUGACGACGUGAACACGGUUCGGUUGUCUUCACAUGGAAACCACUCAGAUUAUUUUUAAAUUUAAAGGUCCAGUGUGUAAGAUUUAGGGCAAACAUGGAAUAUUAUAUUCAUAACUAUGUUUACAUGCAUGUAUAAUCACCUGAAAUUAACAAUCGUUUUGUUUUUGUGACUUAAAAAAUGAUACUUUUAUGUCCACAGUGGGAGCGGGUCCUCUUCCAUUGUGACCACCAUGUUGAAACACCGUGUUUCUACAGUAGCCCAGAACAGACAAACUAAAUACUGACUCUAGACAGGGCCUUUUUAAAUGUUGUUUCUCCUUUUAUACUAGGUAGGCGAGGGUGAUGCGAGGAGAUUGCAAUGCAGUGUUUACACCACUUGAUGCAACUAAAUCCUACACACUGGACCUUUUUCAAUGUCCUUUUGUUGUGUUUUUCUGUGACAAACAGUAUUGGUACAAUAACUUUUUCACUUGAAGGUACAUUAUACAAACUUGUGUGACUUGUACUAAUUUUUAAUGACUUUUAUUGUGUCUUGUUUUAUUAUUAUUAUUGGUACCAAAAGCUUGAUAUGUUCUCUGAUUUGUUGUUUUUAAAAUGAACUGCCUCCAUUAGACUUGCUGAAACCACAUAAAACCUAAUAGGCUGUUAGAAGAACGUGUCAUAGUACUAACUUCAUCGUGUAUAUAAUAACAUCCCGUUUUUCCUUUUCAACACGGUACGGUUGAAGAUGUUUGAUAAUAAGGAAAUAAAAGAAUUUGAUUCGGUA